AUGGCUACCGCUCUGAAGAACGUUGUAGUGAUUGGCGGCUCUUAUGUUGGAAUCAACACUGUUCGCCAGCUCAUGGCAAUGCUCCCAUCGACCCACCGAGUUCUCCUGAUUGAACCCCACAGCCACUUCAAUCACAUCUUUGCCUUUCCUCGAUACGCCAUACUAAACGGUCACGAGCACAAAGCUUUCAUCCCAUAUUCCGUCAUCUUCACCAAAGGAAUGCAACACAAAGCCAUCAGAGCUCGCGCGACCCGCAUCGACGCCCAGAAUGUUGAAAUCGACACAAAGUGGGAGGGUUUAAACAAGAUUCCUUUCGACUACCUCGUCCUGGCUACUGGAACCAGAUUGGCGGCUCCAUCAAUGAUGCCGUACAACGACAAACCAUCUUCGAUACAAUUCUUGAAUUCGUACCAGAAGAAACUUCAACGGGCAAAACACAUUACGAUCAUCGGCGGAGGUGCCGUAGGCGUUCAAAUGUCGCUCGAUCUGAAGGAGCUCAAUCCCGAGAAAGAAGUCACUUUGGUCCACUCGCGAGKCGCAUUGAUGCAUCAGUUCCACCGCAAUUUCUCUACCAUUCUUGAGAAGUCCUUUGAUGAUCAUGGCAUACAACUCAUCCUCAACACCCGGGCAAAGGUCCCCGAGGGUGGAUUUCCCGAGGACGGCGGUCCAUUCACAGUAGCCCUCACCAAUGGCCAGCACAUCGAAACCAACUUCGUCAUCGCGGCUACUGGCCAAACGCCCAACAGCGAGCUCGUCAAUUCUCUCCCCACCACAAACCCCGAGGGCCUGGUCAACCCCUCCAACGGAUACAUUCGCAUCGAGAACACCCUUCAGAUACAAGAUGACGCCUAUCCACACAUUUUCGCGGUGGGCGAUGUCGCCGAUACCGGCCUGUACAAAGCCGCUCGACCCGGAGCAAGCCAAGCCAAAGCUACGGCAACCAACAUCGUCUCUAUGAUCUCUGGUGAGAAAGCCGAAGCGGAGUUUGAAAGAACGCCGAGAGCGAUCCAUAUGUCAUUGGGGUUGAAACGUAACAUGGUUUUCGUGAAUCCAGACGAGGAGAAUGGGAAGACUGAACCGGUUGUGAAGGACAUGUAUGAUGGUGAGCUGGAUAUGAAAGCGGGGGCUGUGUGGGCUCGGUUUGAUGCCACUAUGCCUGUAUCGAAGGAUGCGGAGGGAUGGGAUUAG